CUUUUUUCUCCUGUGCAAUGUAUGCGGUAGAGGGAUUGGCCCUUUAGAGGUUUACUUGGCAAGGAGCCAUGUGGGUCCGGGCUGGCAGGGCGGGGGUUUGCGGUGUAUGGAGGAGGCCGAUGGCUCCGGCUGGGGCUCCAGUGCACGGACAUGCAAAAAGGCUUUUCCCUCGUGACAAGGCAGAUCCUGUCGCCUGUGGCUCCUGAAUAAAUAGGUGGGUUUCGCCGGAGCAUUUUUCUUUUCUUCACUUCAAGCACGUAUAGCAACAUGGAUAUCAACUCGCUCUUCUCAGUCAAGGACAAGGUGGUGGUGAUCACAGGCGGCGGCAGCGGCAUCGGGCUAAUGAUCUCGACGGCAUUUGUCAAGAACGGCGCCAAAGUAUACAUAACCAGCCGCAAAGCCAAGGUUCUGGAGACAGCCGCCGCCGAGCUCACCAAGAUGGGCCCUGGCCAAUGCAUCGCCUUGCCGUGCGACCUGCAGAACCUGGACAAGACCUUGGAGCUCGCGCAGACAAUCGGCCGUCGUUCGCCGACUAUCCCAGACAAGGCGUGGACGAAGCUUCUGACCCUGAACGUCCAGCGCGUGUUCUCCGGCGGGCCACAGGCCGACUCUCCUGCGCGCAUCAUCAACAUCGGCUCGGUGGAUGGGUUGCGGGUGCCGGCGCUGAUCACGCCUGCGUAUGCGGCGUCCAAGGCGGCUGUGCAUCAUCUGACAAGGGUGCUGGCAGCGAAUCUGGGCGGCAAGCAUGUCACGGCGAAUGCGAUUGCGCCGGGCCCGUUCCAGUCGCAUAUGAUGGCGGCGACGCUGAAGAACGCGCAGGACGCGAUUGUGUCGCGGAUUCCUAUGGGCAGGAUUGGACGGCCCGAGGACAUGGGCGCGAUGUGCGUGUUCCUGGCCAGCCAUGGCGGCUCGUAUAUCAAUGGGACCGUGAUUCCUGUCGAUGGCGGCGCGAUCAUUGCCAAUCAGACAUACGCUCACUUGUGA